ACGCAGCAUAUGACGUUGCAGAGGGAAGAUAAACAUGGCGUCCGGACAGCAGUGGGUGUUGGUGGAAAUGGUGCAAGCGUUUUAUGAGGCUCCUGCCUAUCACCUGAUUCUGGAGGGCAUCCUCAUCCUGUGGAUCAUCAGACUUCUGUUCUCCAAGACCUACAAGCUGCAUGAGACCUACAGACUGACCGAGAAGGAAAAGGAGGACCUGAUUGAGGAGUGGCAGCCGGAGCCUCUCGUUCCUCCCGUAUCCAAAGACCAUCCCUCCCUCAGUUAUGAUGUUGUCACAGGACCUCCCAGCCACAAAAUCAUAAUCAAUGGGAAAGAGUGCAUUAACUUUGCAUCAUUUAACUUCCUGGGCCUCCUCGACAACGAGCGGGUUAAGCAAAAAGCUUUGGCAUCGCUGAAGAAAUAUGGCGUGGGCACAUGUGGUCCAAGGGGCUUCUAUGGAACCUUUGACGUUCACCUGGAGCUGGAGAGUCGUCUGGCCAACUUCAUGAGCACAGAGGAGGCCAUCAUCUACUCCUACGGCUUCGCAACCAUCGCCAGUGCCAUCCCUGCCUACUCCAAGAGGGGCGACAUCAUCUUUGUGGACGAAGCCGCCUGCUUCUCCAUCCAGAAGGGUCUCCAGGCGUCCCGCAGCUUCAUCAAAUACUUCAAACACAACGACAUGGAGGAUCUGGAGAGGCUGCUCAAGGAGCAGGAGCUGGAGGACCACAAGAAUCCUCGCAAAGCUCGAGUGACCCGGAAGUUCAUCGUAGUGGAGGGGCUGUACAUCAACACUGCAGACAUCUGUCCCCUCCCAGAACUGCUGAAGCUCAAGUACAAGUACAAGGUGCGGAUCUUCCUGGAGGAGAGCAUGUCUUUUGGUGUGUUGGGAGAACACGGCCGAGGAGUCACAGAACACUUUGGGGUCAAUGUAGACGACAUUGACCUGAUCAGUGCCAACAUGGAGAACGCCGUGGCGUCCAUCGGAGGCUUCUGCUGCGGACGCUCCUUUGUCAUCGACCACCAGCGUCUGUCGGGCCAGGGCUACUGCUUCUCUGCCUCGCUGCCUCCCAUGCUGGCUGCUGCCGCCAUCGAGGCCCUCAACAUCAUGGAGGAGGAUCCAGAUAUAUUCACGGUCCUGAGAGAAAAGUGCAAACAGGUCUACACAGAGUUACAGGGAACUCCAGGUCUGAAGUUAGUAGGAGUGCAGUUCGCCCCGGCGCUUCACUUACAGCUGGAGAGAAGUUCCGGCUCCCGAGACUCUGACAUGCAGCUGCUCCGCACCAUUGUAGAAUAUUGUAUGGAGAGAGGCGUGGCUCUGACCCUGGCUCGGUACCUGGAGAAAGAGGAGCGUUUCCUCCCCCCCCCCAGUAUCAGGGUGGUGGUCACCAUCGAGCAGACGGACGAGGACAUCCAGAAGGCCGUGUCCUGUAUCCAGGAGGCAGCGGCAGCCACCCUCAAAUGACUGGCAACCCGGACCACACCCCCCCCGGGCGUUAGCAGCCCCCC